GGAUGAAGUGGUCGCUAUGACGACAGCGAUGCGGCGCCAUCCCUCCUCCGCCUCCUGGCGCGAGGACGCAUCUCCUGACGGAGGUGAAGAAGGACUCCGGGCUUUCAGUCGCUCGUUUCUUCUUUUUCUUCUUCUUGCUUGAAAUCAGAUUAUUGGCGGAGAAAGAAAUGACAGGAAAAAAAGUUCAUAAAAUAAAAAAAAAAGCUCCAAAGGGCCGGGAAGGGUCCGGAGAGCGCGGCAGAGGUCUGAGGUGUGCAGGCGUUAAAGCUCAGGUAAACCUCUUCGACCGACAGGAAUAGGAGGAGGAGGAGGAGGAGGAGGAGGAGACGUGAUGUUCUGAUCCAGACACGUCGACAGCCUCACGCUCAGCGACACGUCUUAAACCUGGGGUUCUUUCAAAACAAGUCAAAUCAGAUUUAAAAGCGUUGACUUUCUAGUGGAAGGGGGAAACUGUUCCGCUCUGCACGUUUUUAUUGUUGCAACUAACAACAACACUUUGUUUUAUUGUGAAGGUCACUCCUCGUGUUUUACUUCCUGUCUGUCUACCUGACCUGUCAUCAGUAUGUUACUACAUUUUGCAAAUAUCAUUGAUUUAAUGAUGAUAAAAGAAGGAAAAAAAACGUGUCUCUUACGAAAAAGGUUAUUACAUUCUUACUUUUCAAAGUAAUGGAACCAUUUCCGUCUCUGCGCUAAUGUGUGCUAAGCUACUUGCUAAGCUACAUGCUAAUCUAUGCCAGCAUGAAAUGUGUCACGCUAUUGUGGUUAUAUUCAAGUUUUUAAACAUUUGUGUGUGUGUGUGUGUGUGUGUGUGUAAGUUUAACUUGACUGCAGGACACAUUUCCCUUUUGGCGGUGAUAUAACGCUGUAGUUUUGUUGUGGAGUGAAUAUAAAUAGGCAAUGUCAGGUUUCCCUUCUUGUUUCUUCUCUGUGGUGCUUCACCAAGUAGGAAGGAGUGCAAAUAAAACAAAAUACAAACAAUAAAGAUGAGCACAUUAACUAUACUAAAUUUAUAAAUAAAUAUCCACAGAUAUUAAAUAAAUAAACGUACUUCUCUUCCGGUGCCACCUGGCUUCCCCUCCGAGUGGCUCCGACGUUCGUAGGAGCCUUUCUUUUGGUUCCGGGCCUCACUGGAGCGAACAUGGCGGCCGAGGGAGACGUCGAUUUGGACCUCGAAGCCGACGAGAACUGCACCGGGAAACCGGCGGAAAAGCCCCGGAAACAUGACAGCGGGGCCGCGGACCUGGAGAGAGUCACGGACUACGCGGAGGAGAAGGAAAUCUCCAGCUCCGACUUGGAAACGGCCAUGUCGGUGAUCGGAGACCGAAGGUCACGAGAACAGAAAGCCAAACAAGAGAGAGAAAGAGAGUUGGCCAAAGUCACCAUCAAGAAAGAGGACGUGGAAUUAAUAAUGUCAGAGAUGGAGAUCUCCCGGUCGGUGGCAGAGCGCAGCCUGAGGGAACACAUGGGCAACGUGGUGCAGGCGCUGGUGGCGCUGACCCACUGAACAAACCUCACUGGACUUCUUUAGUGUUCUGGUUCCAGAGUUCAGCCCGAGCUCUGCCCGGAAACGCCUUUCUUUUUCUUUUUUUAAAUAAAAGUUGACUUCUCACUUCA